AUGUCGGACCAGAUGAAGAACGUCGUCAGCGGCGUCCUCUUUGGCACCGGCCUGUGGGUGGCGCUUAUCAUCACCAUGCGCUAUUCCCUGAAGGUGCUGCUCUCCUACCACGGGUGGAUGUUUGCCGAACACGGCAAGAUGAGCCGCGCCACCAAGAUCUGGAUGGGUAUGGUGAAGGUCUUUUCAGGCCGAAAGCCCCUGUUGUACAGUUUCCAGACCUCGCUGCCUCGCCUGCCCGUGCCGGCCGUGAAGGACACCGUGAACAGGUACCUGGAGUCUGUGAGGCCUCUGAUGAAAGAGGAUGACUUCAGACGGAUGACAGAGCUGGCUGAGGAUUUUGCCGUCAACCUUGGACCAAGACUGCAGUGGUACCUGAAGCUGAAGUCCUGGUGGGCUACGAAUUACGUGAGUGACUGGUGGGAGGAGUACGUUUACCUCCGAGGUCGAGGGCCGCUCAUGGUUAACAGCAACUACUAUGCCAUGAUUCUGCUUUUGGGCUCCACCAUCCCACUCUGCUCUGCCCAGUGGGAGCGAAUGUUCAACACGUCCCGGAUCCCAGGCGAGGAGACAGACACCAUACAGCACAUAAGAGACAGCAAGCAUAUCGUUGUCUACCACCGAGGACGCUACUUCAAGGUCUGGCUGUACCACGAUGGCCGGCUGCUGUGGCCCCGCGAGAUCGAGCAGCAGAUACAGAGGAUUCUGGACGACCCGUCGGAGCCCCAGGCGGGAGAGGCGAAGCUGGCCGCGCUCACCGCGGGAGAGAGGGUGCCCUGGGCCAGGUGCCGCCAGGCUUACUUCGCACGUGGGAAAAACAAGCAGUCCCUUGAUGCCGUGGAGAAGGCGGCGUUCUUCGUGACGCUGGACGAAACCGAGCAAGGAUACAGGAGGGAGGACCCGGUCACGUCCAUGGACAGCUACGCCAAGUCUCUGCUGCACGGCAGCUGUUUCGACAGGUGGGUCUUGUCUGCGUGUCUCGAUGAUGGUGCCGCGGAUGACAGAAGGAAGCAGGACGGGUCCUGCUCCGUGCGCACGGCCGUUGCUUGUUUGCGCCCAGAGCCUGUGGUUGCAGCCCGUCAGUCCAUCUCCGGGGGGACUCUCUUCUCGCUGACCCUCUGCUGUACCAAGAAUGGCGCCCUUCUCCAGGGACUUGUCCCUCCUGCUAGCAUGGCCAAUGUCAGGGGCAUGCCCGCUUACGUCAUGGCCACCGACAGCUUCCAGCUAGGCUAUGCAGAGGAUGGGCACUGUAAAGGGGACACCAACCCGAACAUCCCGUACCCCACCAGGCUGCAGUGGGAGAUCCCAGAGGAGUGUCAAGAGGUGAUAGAGAUGUCCCUGAACACCGCGAAUCUUCUGGCCGAUGAUGUGGAUUUUCACUCUUUCCCAUUUAACGCUUUUGGCAAAAGCGCAAUCAAGAGGUGCCGCACGAGCCCUGAUGCCUUUGUCCAGCUCGCCCUGCAGUUGGCGCAUUACAAGGACAUGGGCAAAUUCUGCCUCACGUAUGAAGCCUCCAUGACCCGGCUUUUCCGUGAGGGCAGGACAGAGACCGUGCGCUCCUGUACCAUGGAGUCCUGCAGCUUUGUGCUGGCCAUGAUGGACCCACACACGACGGUUGAGCAGAAGCGCAAAUUGUUCAAGUUAGCCUCUGAGAAGCACCAGCUGCUAUACCGCCUCGCCAUGACGGGCGCCGGCAUCGACCGCCACCUCUUCUGCCUGUAUGUGGUGUCCAAGUACCUGGCCGUCGACUCGCCUUUCCUUAAGGAGGUCUUAUCUGAGCCUUGGAGGCUGUCCACCAGCCAGACCCCUCAUCAGCAGGUGGAGCUGUUUCAUCUGGAAAGGAAUCCUGAAUACGUGUCCAGUGGAGGGGGCUUUGGCCCGGUGGCUGACGAUGGCUAUGGUGUGUCCUACAUUAUCGUGGGAGACAAACUCAUCAAUUUCCACAUAUCUUCCAAGUUCUCCUGCCCUGAGACUGACUCACAUCGCUUUGGGCAGCACCUGAGAGAAGCCCUGGUGGACAUCCUCCGUCUCAUCUCGCUCACCUCUAAUUCCAAAAAGUAG